UAAUGUAAUGUUAGGGAUGAUGGUUAUAUACAGUUCAGCAGUGACCUAAUUUCUUUAAAUAUUACAGUGUGUAUAAGUGUGUCUGUGUAUAAGUGUGUCUGUGUAUAAGUGUGUAUGUGUGUGUAUAAGUGUGUGUAUAAGUGUGUCUGUGUGUCUCUGUGUGUGUGUAUAAGUGUGUCUCUGUGUGUAUAAGUGUGUCUGUGUAUCAGUGUGUGUGUGUGUGUGUAUAAGUGUGUCUCUGUAUGUAUAAGUGUGUAUAAGUGUGUCUGUGUAUCAGUGUGUGUGUGUGUGUAUAAGUGUGUCUGUGUAUAAGUGUGUCUGUGUAUCAGUGUGUGUGUGUGUGUGUGUGUAUAAGUGUGUCUGUGUGUGUUUAUCAGUGUGUGUGUGUGUGUCUGUGUAUCAGUGUGUGUGUGUGUGUAUAAGUGUGUGUGUGUGUGUGUAUUAGUGUGUCUGUGUGUGUUUAUCAGUGUGUGUGUGUGUGUCUGUGUAUCAGUGUGUAUCAGUGUGUGUGUGUGUGUGUGUGUGUGUGUCUGUGUAUCAGUGUGUGUCUGCGUGCGUGUGUGUGUGUCGGGCCGUGUGCAGACCGCGUGUGGCGCAGAGCAACAUCCAAACAAACCUCCACAGUUUCGGGUCUGAGCCGUGAUCGUGGCGAUGAGCAGUAACGAGUGUUUCGGUUGCGGCCGCUCAGGCCACUGGGUGAAGAACUGUCCGAGUGGCGGCCGAGGGCGAGGGAAAGGUCGCAGCAGAGGCAAAGACCUGUUCUGUUACCGAUGUGGCGAACUUGGGCACGUGGCCAGAGACUGCGAGCGCACAGAGGACGCCUGCUACAACUGCGGCAGAGGAGGUCACAUCUCCAGAGACUGCAAGGAGCCCAAGAAGGAGCGCGAGCAGCUGUGCUACAACUGCGGCAAGGCCGGUCACAUGGCGCGCGAUUGUAACCACGCCCACGAGCAAAAGUGCUACUCCUGCGGCAGCUUCGGACACAUCCAGAAGUGCUGUGAGAAGGUCAAGUGUUACAGGUGCGGGGAGAUCGGCCAUGUUGCGGUGCACUGCAGCAAGGCGUCCGAGUUGAACUGCUAUAACUGUGGGAAGUCAGGUCACCUGGCGAAAGAGUGCACCAUCGAAGCCACCCCCUAGCUGGCCUCUGACCCCUGACCCCACGCUCCCAAACCUCUUCUUUUAUUCUCUGUUCGUGCCCUCUGAUCCUCCUCUUGUCAUUGGUCUAGAGGCCUGUCGGUCAGCCUCGUAACAGCCAGUCAGAGCAGACGGAGGGAGGAGGAGGGGACGGACUACAAAACCCAUUUGUUCUUCUGUGUUUUAGUUUGGUAGCUGUGUUACGAUGUACAGAGCUUUUUUAGACCUGAGAGAGUGAUGUAUGAAGGCCAAAUUAGGCCCCUCCCCUCUGCCCUUUGGGUGGGCCUAACAGAGCCAUGGAAGUUUGUAUCUUGCUAACUUCAUUUUUGUUUUUGGACUAAAUAAAAUGAUUGGCCCCACCUCCAGCAAUCACCCAAUAAUAUCGCAGGAUGGACGAGCCAAUCAGGACAGGUCGCAGCAGAUGUUUUACAGGUGCGUUUUUGUGCAGGUCGAGGAAUCGUACGCCAAGAAAAAAAGCCGCAGGAAGUCUGGACAAAACCCCCCAGAAAAUCUUAUUUUUGUACAUUUUACCUGUGAGCUGUUGUAAAGGUGUAUGUUCUACCUGACAAUAAAAAGGUAAGAAGGAUGAGGGCGGACCUGCGGUGGCUGUCUCAUUUCUUCAGACAGGCACCCCUCACCCACAGGAGACGAACCGACCAAUCAGAUCAGAGGAAACGAGCUGCGACACCAACGAGAGCCAAAGUUCCAGAGCUCACCUGAAAGCCUCAUGGUUUAAUUAACAUCUGCAGCAGCUGGACAGAGUGAUCCCUGACGACCUGCUCAGUUCCUCGCUGUCAGACACCUCCAGAAUCUCCUCCUCUCAUCAUAAUAAUAAUGGAUUGCAUUAAUAUAAAGCAAAGCACUUUACAAUUCCACUAUUCAUUCACUCUCACAUUCACAGACUGGUGGAGGCAGCUACAGUUGUAGCCACAGCUGUCCUGGGGCAGACUGACAGAAGCGAGGCUGCUGUAUCGUGCCAUCGGCCCCUCUGGCCAUCAUCAGUAGGCAAAGUGUCUUGCCCGAGGACACAAUGACCGAGACUGUCCGAGCCAGGGCUCGAACCGGCAACCUUCCAAUUACAAGACAAACUGCUAACUCUUGAGCCACGAUCGCCACUGAUUACAUCGAAUGAACGACUGACUCAGUUUUAUUAAGGACACAGGAAGUUUGAUCUGCGUACAGUGAAAGAAUAAAGCCGCUGUGGAAAUCAAACAGAUAAAUAAACACAAUGAAUCUUAAAAAGUUUAAUACAGGUUGUACAUGAACAUUUCAUUCACUGCUGAUGUACAACAAUACAUCCCAGCGUUAACCUCUGACCUCUGUGGUGUUCAUGAUCAGACUUCUCACCCCCUGGGCCAGGGGUCUCAAACUCGUGGCCCGAGGGCCACUUGUGGCCCAUGUCACCCCUACUUAUGUAUUGAUAUGAGGAAAUCUAAUGUAAUUCUUUUGUUAGGCAGGAUUUGUUUGUUGUUGAGCUAAAUGUUAAAAUAAGUUCUUUCUGAGCAGAGAGCACAAACAUGCUGAGGCUGUUCAGAGUCACACUGCAGUUUGAUUUUGUUACGAACACACCGAUAGCAGCAGUGCUCUGAUGUGUGUGCAGACAGAGGACCAGUGGUCGUUCAGUGAAAGGCUUCAGUUUUGUCUUCUUAUACAAUAUUUGACAUUUAAAACAACAAACAAAACAUUUUAGGAAAUAUUUGUGGGCGUUUGUGGCCGUCCAAUCAGAUCUCACACAGCUCAUAUAAGUUUGAGAGUUCAGCGUGCACAUCCGUCAUACAGGAGAUGAAUAUUAAUGUUCUACGCUUUCACAUUAACUAUUUUAUUUUCUACAUUUGUGUGAACAGUUCUUAUUUUAUUUUACAUGUCGUUGUAGGCGGGCCGCUCGUCCUGCAGGGGGCAGUAGUGCAGACAUAAAACCGGAUGCAGUGGUGGAGCCGGUGACGUGUUUCCUGUUAGUGUGCGUGCUGUGUUCGUGUGUGUUUGGAUGGUUUCUGCUCGGUUGUUGGAUUAACGGCUAAACUCCGCAGCAGAUAUGGCGAGGAACGCCGAGAAGGCCAUGACGGCCCUGGCUCGGUUCAGGCAGGCUCAGCUGGAGGAAGGAAAAGUCAAGG